UCUUCUUGCCCUUCCUAAACCGUGCACAGCCUGAAGCACUGAGGACACCAUCACCUCAACGCGGACUGGAAUAGUUUUGGAUUUGGAUCAGACGCACCAAGUUGCAGCUGCAGAGGCGCACUUUUCUCCGGGGCUCCUCUCUCCUUCUGCGCUCACAGUCCGAAAUGGAAGAUGGUCCGUCUUCAACAAGCUGUUUCAGAAGGUUAACGGACUGUUUCCUGGGUGCAACCGAGGAACAUCUUGCUCGCUAAACAUCGGCGCUGCCGGGGUCGGCCUCUGCUGUCGACAUCGGCUGACAUGAGCGCCGAGGACUCGCCUGCUGAAGGAGGAAAAGAGAUGAGUGAUGGAGCUGCUUGUUGUUUUUAACAGCUCUUAAACUUUUCAUUCAUCUGCAGAAGUUUGACAGAUGAGAAAGUGAAGGCCUACCUCUCGCUGCACCCCCAGAUGCUGGACGACUUUGUGUUGGAGAGCGUGAGUGCAGAGACAUUGGACAGAUGGCUGAAGAGGAAGACCAGCAGCAGGCCUGCAGAUGACACAUCAGCUAAGGAGGUCAGCAGGCAGUACCAGGACACAAAUAUGCAGGGCGUGGUGUAUGAACUGAACAGCUACAUGGAGCAGCGGCUGGACACUGGAGGAGACAACAAACUCCUGCUCUAUGAGCUGUGCAACAUCAUCAAAACAGCAACAAAAGCUGAUGGAUUUGCACUUUACUUCUUGGGAGAAUGCAACAAUAGUUUAUGUUUGUUCACUCCAACGGGGGCCAAAGACGGCCCUCCAAGCCUCAUCCCCUCUGGGCCCAUCGCAUUUGGGACAACCAUUGCCGCUCAUGUUGCCAAGACUCGCAAAACACUCCUAGUAGAAGACAUCAUGGGGGACGAGCGCUUCCCCGACGGCACAGGGCAGGACUCAGGGAUCCACGUUCACUCUGUCCUGUGCCUCCCCAUCCUCACUGCCAUCGGGGACCUCAUUGCCAUCCUGGAGCUGCAUCGGCACUGGGGCAAGGAGCCCUUCAACCUCAGCCACCAGGAGGUUGCUACAGCUAAUUUAGCGUGGGCAUCAGUUGCCAUUCAUCAAGUACAGGUGUGCAAAGGCCUCGCCAAACAGACUGAGCUCAAUGACUUCCUUCUAGAUGUGUCAAAAACAUACUUUGAUAACAUUGUGGCAAUAGAUUCUCUACUUGAACAUAUUAUGAUAUAUGCAAAAAACCUGGUGAAUGCGGAUAGGUGUGCACUCUUCCAGGUGGAUCACAACAACAAAGAACUAUACUCUGACCUGUUUGACAUCGGAGAAGUGAAAGAUGGAAAACCCGUCUUUAGGAAAACCAAAGAAAUUAGGUUUUCUAUAGACAAGGGAAUAGCUGGCCAAGUGGCCCGGACAGGGGAAGUCUUAAAUAUCCCAGAUGCCUAUGCAGACCCACGGUUCAACCGAGAGGUGGACCUUAAAACCGGCUACACCACGCGGAACAUCCUGUGCAUGCCCAUCGUGAGCAGGGGGACUGUUAUAGGUGUGGUGCAGAUGGUGAACAAACUAAGCGGAAGUGCCUUCACUAAAACAGACGAGAACAACUUUAAGAUGUUUGCUGUCUUCUGUGCUUUGGCCUUACACUGUGCAAAUAUGUACCACAGGAUCCGGCACUCUGAAUGCAUUUACAGAGUGACAAUGGAGAAACUGUCUUAUCACAGCAUCUGCACAUCAGAGGAAUGGAAGACCCUGACCCAGCUCAACCUCCCUGCACCCAUUUAUAAAGAGAUUGAAAUGUUCCACUUUGACAUCAGUCCCUUUGAGGAGAUCUGGCCUGCUGUCUUUAUCUACAUGGUUCAUAACUCCUGUGGAAAGACCAGCUUCGAGCUGGAGAAGUUGUGUCGGUUCACCAUGUCUGUACGGAAGAACUACCGGCGUGUGCCCUACCACAACUGGAAGCACGCCGUGACGGUGGCACACUGUAUGUACGCUAUCUUGCAGAAAACCUCCGGGAUGUUCACAGAGCUAGAGAAGAAGGGUCUGUUGAUAGCCUGCUUAUGUCAUGAUCUGGACCAUCGGGGGUACAGCAACACGUACCUGCAGAAGUUUGACCAUCCACUGGCUGCUCUGUACUCCACCUCCACUAUGGAGCAACACCACUUCUCUCAGACUGUCUCCAUCCUACAGCUGGAAGGGCACAAUAUUUUCUCCAACUUGAAUUCCAGCGAGUACGAGCAGGUGUUGGAGAUCAUCAGGAAGGCCAUCAUUGCCACCGACCUCGCCCUCUACUUCAACAACCACCAGCAGCUGACGGAGCUGCUGACCUCACAGGCACUCGACUUCAACAACCACUCACACAGGGACCGUGUGAUUGGUCUGAUGAUGACAGCAUGUGACCUGUGUUCUGUUACCAAGAAAUGGCAAAUCACACGACUCACAGCCAAUGACAUCUAUGCUGAGUUCUGGGCUGAGGGAGAUGAGAUGAAGAAGAUUGGGAUGCAGCCGAUCCCUAUGAUGGACAGAGAUAAGAAGGACGAGGUUCCCCAAGGCCAAGUGGGCUUCUACAAUGCUGUUGCAAUUCCAUGUUACACAACGCUAGCUGAGCUUUUCCCUCCGUCCAGUCCUCUUCUGAAAGCCUGCAAGGAGAACCUGGGCCAAUGGGAGAAGAUCUCUCGGGGAGAGGUGGAGGACAUCGUGCCCAGCCGGCCAUCUGAUUCUUCAGGCCCCGUCAAGGUGGAUAACUGACUACCAAAGGAGGUUUCUGGCCCACCAAAGGAAUACAACCUGAAUCCUGCCACGGACCUAAACUCUGUCGGUAUGGAAGAACCCACAAUCCUGUGUUAGCAGGAGGCGGAUCAGCUAAAGGCGACUUUGACUUUGAAAACACACAGUUACCUCAAUGGGUGACGGAGGUGUCAACACUGACGGUUUCACUGAUCCCAGAGACUGACAGACGGAUAACGAGGAGAGACUCUGACCCGUCUCCCUGCAUCCACUCAGCUCGGGAGUUUGUUCGGUCGAAUGGACUUAUGUCGUUUUUAGUUUUGCUGUUUUAUUUUGUUUUAUUUUCUUUUUUUUAUUUGAGCUGAUUCUUUUAUGGUCUUGUCUUUGCAGAGGCCUUACUCUGAACCUUUCACAGACUAGAACAUGUGAAACCUUGUCAUGGGUUCAGGCUUUUUUUUUUUUAAUGGUACUGUUUGCCUUCUGUGGUAGGUUUAUCGUACGCGCACUACUUCAGUAAGGUAUUCCCAGAGACAGAAGGAAUGUGUAGAGCAGAUGUAUGGUGUCGUGCCACCUUACUGAGAAGGUGAAUGUUUUUUAUUACUUUUUGAGCAAAAAUCCUUUGCAGUACUUGAAUAAAGACAUACAGCCUAUUCUAGGUGGAGAUGGCAGAAAUCCCCCUGCAGCAGAUUCUCCUAAACGUGGAUGAACUGUGACGAGAGGAGUUAGAUAAUGUCCACACUUGUGAACACAGUCACAAGAGAGUCACAAUGUUUUCCCCUGAAGUGGACCCCACAGCACUGCCCCCUCACCCUCACCCCGCCCCUGGCAUUUGUUAACCUGCUGCAUAGAACAUCAGCUCUCCUCUUAUUAACAGGAUCUGAUCCGAGGCCAGCAGUAAUGAUGCAUGCAGGAGGAGAUAAGAUGCACAAAUAGCAUCUCACCAGUUAUUGUAAGCCAAGCCUGCAUACUAUUGAAUUUCCACUCUUAUGUUAUUCUUCACGUCACAAUCUCAUCAUAAAUUAUUUUACAGUACAAUCUGGUUCCUCUUCAUCAAUCAGUAAUCAUUUCUACAAGCAUGAAUAAAACACGAGUAAAAUGAGGAGACUGCACAAGUUGGCAAAGUGUCUCAGCGGAUUCUACACAUUUGUUUGUUUGCAGUGGCACAGGAAACUUUCUACAUGCUGUCUACCUUAUUUAAUGUCCGGACAGCUCGCUGAUUUGCACCACCUGCUAAAGACAUCAUGAUUUAUUGACAUUAAAUAAAUGUUGAGGAGUUGCUGAAACUGUUUUUGACAUCAAGCUGUAGUUUUAAAAUCUUUAGCACUGAACACACCCACAGCAGCUCAGCAGAAGUCCCUGAAAAUGUCAACUUUGUAUUUCCAAUUAAUAUCAAACCUGGGUAACACUUCAAUGAGGUACACAGAAAAUGGCAUGGCUACUAGGUAGGAUGAGUAACUCACUGAUUAUCAGGGAAUGAACAAGUAACUGAUGAAGAAAUAAAGAUAAAAAACUCAGUAACUACUCCACUUUAUAAGCGGUGAUACAAAAUGAGUAAGUCACGGAUAAGUAACCACUAAGUUAUGAAUGAGUAUUUGAUAAUCAACAGAUUUUUUUUUUUUUUUUUUUUUUUUUUUUUAAUUGGCCCGGAGCAAAUUCUAAAAAUGAAGGGAAAUGUUGCCCCCAUUAGAUCAUGAAGGUUGUGUUUGACUAGGCAGUGUUGCUGCAGUAAUUAUGUAAACAAACAUUUUGACAAGUUUUCAUGAUUAAACUGACAAUUACAAAUUAUCCAGGAUGAGUAUCAAAAUCAGGUACAACAUAGUACCAGUACCAACACACCUGAUACCUACUGGGACCGAUUUGCUUAAUUCAGUUACCUUACGUAUUCAAUGAAAGGCAAGAGAUAUGUUAUUGAAUUAGUGCAAUUUAGGUGUUCAGUAAGACAGGUGUACUUUUCAUAACUUAUGUUCAACUGGCAUUUUAUAAUGAUAUUUCUGAAAAUCAUUUAUGAUACCCAGACAGCUUUUAUCCUCUUGCUGACUUUCAACACACUUUUUUUUCUCUCUCAAAAGUGUUGAUUCAGGCACCGCCUAGACACCAGCAUCCCAUAAAAAGUACUAAUUUAGCACCGGUAUCAGAAAAAAAAAAAACAGUACCCAACCCUACAAAUUAUAAGGUUAACCCUAUGAGACCAGUGUUGUUGUAUACAGCAAGAGAAACAGGUUAUUCAAAGUUAAACAACUUUUGAACUACAGACCCUAGCUUGAUUUUUUUUUUUUUUUUUUAACCCUUUCAAAGCUAGCUGCUGUGCUAAUCCAAUGAUGCUAUCCAUGCCGAGAAGCUUUUCUAGUAAGCCUGGAAACUUGGGUGACUUUUUUAGAGAUCAAAUCCACACGAGUAAAUCUGAUAUUGAACAUCGUUUAAGGCAUUUUUAAAAUCAAUUUUCAAUCAUUUCUGCUGCUAGCUUUGAAUGCUAAUCGCCAUAUUGUAUCCUACAAUUCUCUGUAACAGGCUGACAACCAAUGGCAGGCUGUUCCGUUGUUGUGUCAUGCUUUGUCAAACUGCACAGAUUAUGCAUUAGACAGCAUGAAUAGUUCAUAAUAGAGAGAAAGAGAGACAAAGACCCUGUGAUGUGGCCCUCUGUGUCACUGCAGACAGGAAAUGCUUUCUGGAAUGGCACAAAUAGAGCCAACAGAACAAAGGGCAAGGACUUUUUUUGUUUCUGUAAGUGAAUAUUUUGAAGACUUUUCAUUGCUAGCUGUAAGUUACUCAUCGGUUCCCUGUUAAUUAGCAGUUACUCAUUCAUUCCCUGUUAACCAGAAAUUUUAAUGCGAUUUUAUUCCUUGUUAACAAGAAGUUACUGACUCAUUCCUUCCCUGGUUAACUAUCAGUUAAUUACUUAUUUAUUUCCUAGUUAACUUGAGUUAAUUACUCAUUUAUUUUAGUGUUUACUGGCAGUUAGUUCCUAAUUUUUUCCCUGCGAGCUAGCUGUUAGUUCCUGACUCUUCUGUUGAGUUAGCAGUCACCUACUCAUUUGUUCCCUGAUAAACCCUCAGUUAGUAACUCAUUCAUUCCCUUCUAACUAAAAGUUAGUUACUUAUUCAUUUCCUGGUUAACUAGCUAUUUGUUAAUCAUUUCCAACAGUUAACUAGCUGUUAAUUACUUGUCCAUUCCCUGGUUUGUUUACGGUUUGAUAAGAAUUCAUUACCUAGUAACUAGUCCAAAUUUAACAUUGAUUGACCAGCAGUUAAUGACUGUGUAGAUAAACCAGCGGUUUGUUAUAACUUCUUUCUCAACUUAGCUAGCAGGUAGUAAGUCAUUCAUCCUCCGGUUAACUAGCAGUGGCUUACUCAUUCAUUGCCUUGUAGCUAUGCUGAUUUUUGUGUAGGUUAAUCAGCAGUUAGUCACUCAUUUGAACCUAGUAACUGUGCCAGUUUUUGUACACCAUGUUGUAAAAUGUUACCCAAACCCGUUCAGCCAAAGUGCGUCACAUUUAUGUUUCUGGGAUUGAAGUAUAGGACCAUUAUUUGGUCCCUUGUACUCCUGACUUGUAAAAGGAAAUGAAUAUUCCACUUUUUCUCUCAACAACUUGCAUGGGGGGAACUUCCAAAUGAAUUUCCAAGAUCUUCCAAAAGACAAAAAUGUUUGUCUAAACUGUCAUUCCAGAGGACACUGUCCCUCUAAGACUGAUACCACCCCUUACAUAAUUUGCUUUAUGACUGGUACUGUGGCUCCCCAUUGGUAUGAAUGUACAUUUGAAGAAGGUUUUAUUGAUUGCAGAUCCUCGUAGGUGGCAGUUUCCAUGAUGUGCUCUGUCGUACUUUUCCAGAUUUGCUUCGAGUAAGCUUCAACCAAGAGCAACAACUAGCAUGCACCUAAUUUGAAGUUUCGCUAUAACUUUGCAUAUGCGGUAAUAAGGUGUAUACUGUGUACAAUCUAGGAAGUAGUUUGAAUGGACUGAGAUGCUCUGAUGGUGCUAAGCUGAAAGGCGGUCGUGCACUUUCUGACUGGGUGUGUGUUGGUGUAUGAGUGUGUAUGUGAGAGAAGACUUGACUGCCCCCCCCCCAGAACAUGGUUAAGUCCAUAACACUGCACUGUCCCUUCUACUUUUCAGCACCAGUUAUAUCCCAUUGUCUGCACUAUGUUUAGCUUAUGAUCUUUAUCAUUAUUAUUAUUAUUGAUGAUUAUUAUUAUUGCUAUUAUUACUAUUGUUAUUUUCUUAAUUAGAGUUAAAUUUAAAUUAACUUAUAUUUUUUAUACAAAGAGAUACAAUGUUGGCCUUUUUGUUUUUGUACAAAGUAAACAUUAAGAUAAACAAAACGGUCUCGACAUGUUACUGUUACCCAGAAUAAUGCGGAAUGUCUCAACUGUAAAUGUAAGAGCAGUAGCCCAAAUGACUUUUAUUAAA